UGGCUUUGGACUUGAUAGAGGACGAGCCGAGGGCCCAAAUUUAGGCUUCACUGUGGGCCGAGGAAGGGCAUCUGCAGUUGGGAGGGGUUCGUCAACCUCCUCAAUUGGUGCUGGUGCAUGUACUUUUUUAGGAAAUGAAAGUAUUCCUGGUAAACAAAGCGCUUCAGCCUCUAUGUUUCGGUAUCCAAUGGGUAAGUUGCUUGACAUGUAUAGAAAACAGAAGCCUGAUUCUUCCCUAGGUAGGAUACCGACUGAGAUGGAGGAAGUUGCCUCCAUUACUCAACUUAAUCCUCUUGCUUUUAUUGCACCUGAUGCCGACGAAGAGGCAAGCCUUAACGGCAUAUGGAAGGGAAGGAUCAUUAGUAGCGAGGUUUACACUCCAUCUGAGGAAGAAUCCUCAGGUGGUGAAAACAGCAUGGUAAAAUGCCGCAUACCUGACUCAGGUGAAACAAGAGCGGAUAGUUCUUUGGUAGGGUUUGUGAAUGGUGACGAUGUUUCCAUGCAAAAUAGUGAUUCUGGUACAUCUGUGAUAAGAACAACAAUUGUCAGUUUACCGUUGCCGUUGCAAUUUUCUCACAUUCCUUUGGUCUCGUUGUCAUUGGCUGCCUUGGCUUUCAGCUCCCCGGAAGCUUUCUUGACGCUAUCUUUUAUGGAUUGGAUGGUGAUGUUGAAGCCAAGCUUAAUGAGUUCAAGAGGCUGAGUGGAGUCAGGAGAAGCUUUCAUGAGACUGUUGACAGAAGUCUCUUUGUAAUCAGUUGGUGCGCAAACUGUUGCCUUGGUGGUUGCUUUAAUCUGCACAGUGGUGAUUUUGUCUGGAUUGCUGGUAUUUUGUGUUUUUAUGAUGGCGACAACGAUAACCAUGACAACGAGUAAGGCCGUGAGAAUCCCAGCAAUGAUGCUUUUCUUCUUUAUCAAUUCACCUUCCAGCCCCAUUUUUUUUGUUUGGUGGAUUCAAUUUCAAGAGAACGUAAAGAAAAGAAUUUAGUUGGAGGGGCUUCUAACUGUUGCUUAGAGCCCUGUUGUGACUCUGUUUUGGUUAGAAGGAAGGAGAAGAGAAGAGUGGAGUUAAUAAUAUAAUGCAGAUGCAAAGUGCUAUUAUUGGGGUAGAGCAUGAGGUUAUGAAUUAAGGGGUUUGUUUUUAUGAAUUAAUGGGUUUAAUUUGUUACCCAACCAUCUCAUGCUCAAUCCUCAUCUGUUGCCAGCGGGAUUGAAUUGGCCUGCAAACCAAAAGGGACUAAAGUGAUUCUUCCUUAA